AUGGGCCAAUUCUGUUUUGUCCGAUUUCAGCAAUUCGACUACAAAGAACCGGAGAAUGUGCGAGAGUUGUACGAAGAAUUCAAAGUGAAAUAUGGGAAGAAUCAUGCGAAUGAUGUCGAUGAGUAUCGUUUUACCGUGUUCAAGGAUAAUUUGAAGAAAGCGAAGUGGUAUGAAGCGAUGGAUCAAGGGACAGCGGAAUACGGUAUCACAAAGUUUUCCGAUCUGACAGCUGAGGAGUUCGAACGUAAAUACUUGAACCCAGAAAUAAGGCGGCAACUGAGUGUGAUUAAUGUUGACGUCGUGACAAGUGAUAAAGUGCCACCUGAAAGUUUGGAUUGGCGCGCGAAAGGUGCGGUGACUCCGGUACAGGAGCAAGGACAUUGUGGUUCGUGCUGGGCAUUCUCUGUGAUUGGGAACGUGGAAGGUCAGUGGUUCCUGAAAACUGGACAGCUUUUGAAACUGAGCGAACAACAACUGGUAGACUGUGAUACACGGGACUAUGGUUGCGAGGGUGGAUGGCCAAUGGUAACGUACGAAGCGCUCGCACAAAUGGGCGGUGUCGAGAGGGAAACCGACUAUCCGUAUAUGGCUCAUCAACAGAGGUGUAUGUUGAACAAGAACAAGUUCGUCGCCUAUGUGAACUCAUCAAGUAAAGUGAGUCAAAAUGAGAAUCAACUAGCCGCGUACAUGGCGGAGCACGGACCACUGAGCAUGGCGCUGAACGCUAACAUGCUCCAGGGUUAUUUCCGAAUCCGCCGUGGUACUGGCUGCUGUGGAAUCAACCGCGAGGCUACAACUGCGAUUAUACGUUAA